AAAUUUGAAAAUGUUCUUCCAUUUGUGUCCACCAUGUGUGGGAACCUUUUGUUUUUGUUUUUAAAGCAAUGCGUCUACUCCUUCACGCAGAAAAAUCUUUAAAGACUCGUAGAACAUGCGACGAUGUGUUCUUAAAGACACACGUUCACAUAAUAAAGAAGGAGUGGGUGUGGUGGUGUUGACGCACUUUGUUCGCAACAAAAUAAGUCCUGCACUCUGCAGGUAUUUUACUCCCUCUCCAUUUUAAUUCAGGUCACAACACAGUUUAGCUCAACACAAUGGCCCGAUAUGAACUUGUUAAAGGAUCAUUAGCACUGAUCACCCUUACCAACCCACCAGUCAAUGCCUUGAGUUCUGCAGUACGUUAUGGCAUCACAGAGAAAAUUAAGCGUGCCCUGGGUGACCCAAAGGUGAAAGCUGUGGUGAUAUGUGGAGAGAAUGAAAGAUUCUGUGGCGGUGCAGACAUUCGUGAGUUUGCUGCGCCUAUGAGAGGACAUUCCUUGGUAAUGUUGUUUGAUGACAUAGAAGCAGGAGAGAAGCCUGUGAUUGCUGCCAUAGAAGGGGUGGCACUCGGCGGGGGUUUCGAAUUAGCUCUCGCCUGUCAUUACCGUAUUGCACACUCUAAGGCACGACUUGGACUUCCAGAGGUGACUUUGGGUCUUCUGCCAGCUGCUGGGGGAACACAGCGCCUUCCCAGGCUCAUUGGCAUUCCUGCUGCACUAGAACUGAUCACCACUGGUCAUCAUGUCUCUGCCCAGGAAGCCCUAAAGCUGGGCAUGGUUGACCAGAUCACAGAUGAGAAUGCAUGUAAGAUGGCUGUGGAGUUUGCAUUAAGAGCUGUAGCCAAACCGUUGUCUUCCCGAAGAAUAAGUACACUCACCAUGCCAUGCCCUCCAAAUUUGGAUGCCCUCUUUGAAGCAGUGACCAUGCAGGUCCAAAAAAAGGCUCGGGGAGUCAUGGCACCAUUGGCGUGUAUUCAGGCAGUGAGGGCAGCUGCUACCCUGCCUUACAGUAAGGGUAUGAAGCGAGAGAGUGAACUGAUGGCCUCUCUCUUUAGCUCCAGCCAAGCCCGGGCUCUACAGUACUGCUUCUUCGCUCAGAGGACUGCUGGGAAAUGGACUCUGCCUAGUGGAGCACAAUGGAGCAACAUAAAGCCCAGAGACAUCCGGAGGGCAGCCGUCAUAGGUCUGGGCACUAUGGGAAGGGGCAUUGCUGUCUCCCUUGCACGUGUGGGGAUUUCUGUCAUUGCUGUUGAGACAGAGAAGAAACUCUUGGAGACGGGUAGGCAGAUGGUGAUUGGUAUGCUGGAGAGAGAUGCUAAAAGACGGGGAGUAACCGCCUCCCUCUACCUCCUCCAAUUCACCCUCAGCUUACAGGAUGUGAAGGAUGUGGACAUUGUCAUUGAAGCCGUCUUUGAAGACAUGUCUCUUAAGAAACGUCUUUUCCGAGAUCUUUCAAAGGUGUGUCGACCAAGCACUUUACUCUACACCAACACCUCUGGGCUGGAUGUUGAUGCAUUGGCUGGUGUGACGGAUAGACCGCACAUGGUAGCUGGGAUGCACUUCUUUUCACCUGCACAUGUGAUGAAGCUCCUGGAGGUCAUCUGUGGGCCACGUUCUUCAAGUGAAACCAUUGCCACAGCGAUGAGCCUCGGUAAGAGAAUGGGAAAGGUGUGUGUCGCCGUUGGAAACUGCCCUGGAUUUGUUGGAAACCGCAUGGUGAAGACUUACACAGAUCAAGCCAACUUCCUUUUGGAGGAAGGGGCCACGCCUGAACAGGUUGACGGGGCUCUAGAGGAGUUUGGUUUUGCCAUGGGUGUCUUCAGGAUGUCUGACCUCGCAGGCCUUGAUGUCGGUUGGAGAAUCAGGAAGGAAUCUGGGUUGACUGGACCAGAUGUUGACCCAAAAGAUCCCCCACAUAGACGCCAAGGGCAUAGGUACAGUCCGAUUCCAGACAUGCUCUGUGAGCAGGGCAGGAUGGGCCAGAAGACAGGAUGUGGGUGGUAUGUGUAUGAGAAACCUGGGGGUACGGAGGCAAAGCCAGACCCACUGAUCCAAAAACUUCUUGAGGGCUACAGGGUGAGAUACAGCAUCCAACCGCGGAAAAUCUCAAGUCAGGAACUAAUCGAGCGAUGCCUUUAUGUCCUGGCCAAUGAGGGCUUCCGUGUUCUGGAGGAUGGCAUUGCUGUUCAACCAGAGGAUAUCGAUGUCAUCUAUCUGUUUGGUUAUGGUUUCCCGAGGCACAGAGGUGGGCCCAUGUUCUAUGCCAACAUGGUGGGUUUGGGAAGAGUGCUGGAUAGGUUGGAGCAUUAUCAUCAUGCCCAUCCAGAUGUGCCUCAUUUGAAACCCAGUCAGUUGCUGAAGAAACUUGUUGCUUGUGGCAGUCCUCCAAUUCAAAAAUGGAAAGAGCAUAUCAAAACAAUGCACAGCCAUCUAUAAGGUAACCAUCAUGCCAACUACAGUAAUUAAGUUUGAUGAAAUCUAUCAUAACACUUGUUGUUAAUAAAGACUAGUUUUUUAACCCUA